AUGUCUUCAGCAGUUAUGAAACAAACAGCUAUUGAUAUCAAUCCAUUGUCAUCGGGAAUGCAAAAUGAGAAAGCCAUUCCUGUUUUCAUUCGUCUAGUGUUUCUUCGGAUAGGUGAAAUCGAUACAUUAAAUGAAAAGUAUCAAGCACACGCUUCGAUUGAAUCUCGUUGGACAGUUGAAUCAAAUGCAUUACUCGCGAUUAUUUCGGUCGACGAUCGAAAUCGUCUAAUGAAUGGCAAAACAAUCAUUCUUGAGAAAUAUGCCGAUUCUCAUUGGCAUCCACAACUUUUUAUUGAAAACAGUCUGGGCGAUUUAAAAGAACAAAUCAAAUACAGUGCGAAACGAAAUGCUCACGAUAAUCAUAUUUAUGUGUGUGAACAUCGAAUUAUCAAAGGUUUAUUCUGGGAGAAAUUAGAAUUACAUCAUUUUCCAAAUGAUGUUCAAGAUUUAUCCAUCUCAGUUACUUCGAUGUUGUAUCAAGAUAAAGUUAUGCUACAUCCCGAUCCAUAUAAUCUAAGUGGAGUGAAUCGCGAGGCGUUUGUUGAUCAACAAGAAUGGUCUUUGUACGAACAUGUUGAUGCCGAAGAGCGGUUUGUAAAAGAUUUUCUUUUUCUUACCGAUGCGAAUGAUGAUGAUGAACAACACAUGAAAUAUCAAAUGAACAAAGAAGAACCAAAACGUUCGACUUUGACAGUCACGUGCCAUGCUGCACGUCAAUCCGAAUAUUUCUAUUGGAAUGGUUAUUUUCUUAUUCUAUUAAUUACUUCUGUGUCUUUCUGUACAUUUGGAAUGCCAAUGCAAGUUGCUAUCAAUCGACUUCAGGUAUCCUGUACACUUCUUCUCACAUCAAUCACUUUCCGUUGGACAGUCAAUCGAUCACUUCCAACUGUGUCAUAUUUAACAUCCUUGGAUAAAUAUGCAAUUAUAUGUAUAACAAAUCUAGUUCUUCAUUCGUUUUGGCACGCCAUUAUCAGUGUACUCGCAUGGACACGUACUCCUGAUUACCGUGUGACGAGUGAUAUGUCACUGGCCUAUUUAGACCAUGGAGCGUUCUAUGUGUUAGUCGGUUUGUUUAUUGUCUUGCAUGUUUUUAUUGUCACGUGGUUCUUGUGCGUACCGAUGCGACAUCGCAAAAAGAUGGAGGAAAAAGAUGCGACGUACCGGGCAUUAGUCGCAGAAAUGUUCAAUAAAAAGAACAAUCUUAGUUCAAAACAAAACAACAAUGGAUAUAUUUCGAGUGAAAGUGAAAGAGUAUAA